UCGGCACUUUUUUUGAUGGAUCCAUCCAUUAGAAUUCUUAGGGAUCCCAGUUAUGGAUUUGACCAAUUGUUCAAGAGUGACAGAGUUCAACCUACUUGGAUUCCCACACAUUUGGGGAAUGAAUAUCACUCUGUUCCUCAUUGUCCUCCUGCUCUACAGUUUGUCCCUUGCAGGCAAUGGUCUCAUCAUUGUCAUGGUGAAGAUAGACCGGAAGCUCCAGAAGCCAAUGUAUUUCUUCCUUAGCAACCUCUCUUUCCUUGAGCUGUGGUACACCACCACCAUUAUCCCCAAGCUGUUGGCCAGCCUCCUCUCGUCAAAGACCACCAUCUGCUUCUACUGCUGCAUGGCACAAUCCUACUUCUACUUCCUCUUUGGCAUCACAGAGUUUUACAUCCUCACUGUCAUGUCCUUCGACCGGUACUUAGCCAUCUGCCAGCCGCUCAGGUACACCACCAUCAUGACCUCCAGUGUCUGUCUUCAGCUUGCGCUGGUUCCAUGGUUUGGGGGAUUUUGUACCAUCCUUUUGCAGACAGUGUUGGUGGUGAGGCUUCCCUUCUGUGGCUCCAACGUCAUCAACCAUUUCUAUUGUGACAUUAGUCCUAUGUUGAAGAUUGCAGGGGGAGACACGCAACUCAUUGAAGCCCUUGGCUUCCUGAUAGCUGUGGCUGUGAUCCUGAGCUCUCUGCUUUUGACAGUUGUAUCUUAUAUCUUCAUCAUCUCCACGAUUCUCCGCAUCCCUUCAACCAGCGGACAACGGAGGGCCUUCUCCACCUGUGCCUCCCAUCUGACUGUGGUCAGCAUCUUGUAUGGGGCAGUCCUUUUCAUCUACUUGAGACCUUCUACCAAACACUCCUCCUUCAGCCUCAACAAAGCCGUCUCUGUGCUGAACACUGUGAUCACCCCAGUGCUAAAUCCUUUCAUAUACACAAUCAGGAACAAUGAAGUCAAAGAGGCUUUACGGAAAGUCUUAGGAAGAAAGACUGAAGGUUCUCCUAAACUGCGAGUUCUGGUCUGUGUUGGGAAGACCUGCAAUGUAAUCCAGUGCUAG